ACAACUGUAAGUUUGCCUUGUUUGAUUCUUUCCCUUCAUCUGUAGGAUCUUUAGUUUGUGUCUCCUGGUUUAGAUGGUUUGUAGAAGUUGUUUGUGUUAUAUCAACGACAUGUUUUUGACAUGUGUAUUAUAUUUAUUUAUUUAUAUUAUAUUUAUAUUUAUAUGUGUAUUAUAUUUAUUCAUUAAACACAUAAUAGAAAAAAUAGUUUUUUCCUUAUUCUAUGCAGUUAUUAUAUGAUUUAUGACUUGUGUUCUGCAAUUAAUAUCUUAUGUUUUGUCUUACCUUUGUUUCAUGUAUUUGACAUUUCACCUAAAUUGUUCACUGGUUGUCUCUGCCUGAUAGACUCUGGACUCUAGCUCCCAAACCCAAGGCCGGGGAGUUGUGUCUCUCUGUCUGUUGGGACUUAGUGCUCCUUCCUCUAGACGUUAGCAAUGCAGGUGUGAGAAUGUAAAAUCUCCACACACAGCGACAGGGAGGAGAUGGUGCAUCAGUCUGAUUGGGCUACACAGACAUUCCACCGUAGUCGAACAGAGAGGUUAAAAGGAAGAAGCAACUUGAGGAUCGUGGGCUCUUUGCAUCACACCUUCGUGGUGUGUGCACUGAUCUCCCCAGCAGGUUUUUGGUUUGUUGAUGUGCACAAUCAACAUCCAUGUUUUUGAUUUGCUUUCACGAUUAUUUUUAUUUUAUUUUUUUUUUAUUAUAGAUCACACAAACGACAACUCUCUCAUCUGCUUGUUUAUGGGAAAUUUUCACCACAACAUAUUAGUUAUAUUUUCUUGUCUUCAUGACACUGACAGCAAUAAAAUCCUGUCAGACAUUAACUGACUUUUAUGUGUAGAAAAUAAACAUCAUCAGUAGAUCUAAAUUAAAAUCUCAAACAUUCAAAUUUUGAAAUCAGUAAGAAUAUUCCAUUCUUUUUUCAGUCUCAUUGAGUUUCUUCUUUUUCCUGUUUAUCUAUCUUCUCAUUAUGAAUCUAUAGAUGUGUGUAUGUGACACGGUUGUUGGACUCUGACCAGGGUUUCAGAGUCUGGGCUGACAACCUGAUUUCAGAUCAGAUAAAACCUAAUUGCUGUACAAAGUUUAUCUCUUUGUUACAUAUUAAUCAGCUCAUACAACUUUAAUCCAACAACUUUAAUAAAUUUACCAAGUCCUCUGUCUUAUUUACUUUUCCCCCAUAACUCAUAUGGAGUUAACUUCAAUAAUUAACUCUUCCAGUCGUCCACUUGUCUUUUUGACCCAAUCCCAACCAGAUCAACCAGUCUUUACAUAUAGGUUAUGUAUCACAGGCUUUUAAGGUGGCUGUCGUCAAAACUUUAUUGAAAAAAACUACUCUGGACCCUGGAGAACUAGCCAACUGUAGGGAAAUUCAAAUUUACCCUUUAUUUCUAAGAUUCUUGAAAAAAUUGUGGCUCAAUAAUUAUCUGACAACCUGAAAAUGAUUUGUGUUUUUUCUCCACAUGAAGGUAGAAAGUGUGAAUCCAGCAGCAUGAAUCAGUGUGAGGACAGAGAGGAGGUAGCCCCUCCCUCUAAAACCAGUCUGUGUGGGGACCAUGAGAACCAGAACAAAGCUCAGAGGUCCCAUCAAAGACGAGGAUCUGCUGAACCUGAACCUGGACCUGGACCUGAACCUGGAUCUGGACCUGAACCCAGCUGUGUGUCCUUCAAGAGCGACCAGUCAAAUGAUCUUGUUAUUAAUUUCAAACACCAACCUGUAUCAGAGUCACAAGUGGACCAGCAGAGCUCAGAGGUUCCCAGUGCUCAGUCUGUACAGCAGCACCAAACACAGCUGGACUCCAUAUUUAUGCUGCUGGAGGAAAACAUUGUCACGUUUGUGAAGAAGGAGCUGAAGAAGAUCAAGAAGGUUCUGAGUCCAGAUUACCCAGAAUGCUUAGAGAGUCAGAGGAACGAUGAGGAGGAGUUGGAUGCUGAGGAUGAAGAGCAGAAGAAGAGCAGCAGAGACGCGUUUCUGAAGAUCACAGUGAACUUCCUGAGGAGGAUGAAGCAGGAGGAGCUGGUUGACUGUCUGCAGAAUCUGAUGGUUCCGGUACCAGAGCCACGGCCCAUCACAUAUUACCAGCAGAUGCUUCAAUCAAACCUCCAAGACCAGUUUCUGUGUGUGAAACCAGGCUGGUCAGAAGUUGACCAACGUCUGGAUGACAUCUACACAGAGCUGUACAUCACAGCUGGGCCGGAUUCACACAUCAACACACAGCAUGAGGUCCAACAGCUUGAGACGACACAGCAGAAGCAAAGAUCAGCAGAGGAGCCAGUGAAGCCCAGUGACCUGUUCAAACAUCCCCCUGGUAAAUACAGACGCAUCAGAACAGUGUUGACCAAUGGAAUCGCUGGGAUUGGAAAAACAGUCCUUAUGACCAAGUUUGUGUUGGACUGGACCCAACAAAGGUCCAAUCAAGACGUGCAUCUGAUUUUCCCCUUCACCUUCCGUCGUCUGAAUCCACUGAAGGGACAGAAGUUUAGUUUGUCAGAGCUCAUUCAUGAAUGUAUCCCAGAAACUGAGUCCAUCAGCCUGGAGGCUCUGAAUUACAUCUUUACACAUCUACAGUCAUCAGGAAACAGCAACUUUGACAAGAGCAGCUUCAAACUUCUGUUUGUGUUUGAUGGACUGGACGAGAGUCGCCUCCGACUGGACUGUAGCACCAGUGAGAAGGAGACGGGUCAACGUGACGUCACAGAGUCCACCUCAGUGGAUGAGCUGCUGGCAAACCUCAUCAGAGGAAAACUACUACGCUCUGCUCGCAUCUGGAUCACCACACGACCUGCAGCAGCCAAUCAGAUUCAUGGAGACUUUGUUGAGGUGGUGACGGAGGUCAGAGGGUUCACUGACCCACAGAAGGAGGAAUUCUUCAGGAAGAGAUUCACAGAUGAGGAGCAGAGCAACACAAUCAUGUCCCACAUCAAGACGGCACGAAGCCUCCACAUCAUGUGCCACAUCCCAGUCUUCUGCUGGAUCACUGCUACGGUUCUGGAGGAUCUGCUGGAAACCAGAGAGGGAGGAGAGCUGCCCAAGACCCUGACGGAGAUGUACGCAGAGUUCCUGGGGUUUCAGAUGGAUCGGACUAAAGACAAGUACGGACCAGAACAGAGCAGCAACUACAUCAAGUCAUUGGCUAAACUGGCUUUUAAGCAGCUGCUAAAGGGAAACUUGAUCUUCUAUGAGGAAGAUCUGAAAGAGAGCGGCAUCGAUGUCAGAGGAGCCUCAGUGUGUUCAGGAGUGUUCACAGAGAUCUUUAAACAGGAGCGAGGGAGGAAAACCAAGGACAAGAUGUUCAGCUUUGUUCAUCUGAGCGUUCAGGAGUUUCUGGCUGCUGUUCACAUGAUGCUCUGUUACACCAACGGGAAGAUGGAGGAACUGGAGGAGUUUCUGAGGAAAGACUGUGAUGAUGAUGAUUCAUCUCUGGAUGUUGUCCUGAGUAGAACCAUGUUUAAAUCCCUCCUCAGUCCAAGUGGCCACCUGGACCUGUUUGUUCGCUUCCUUCAUGGCCUCUGUCUGAAGUCCAACCAGAGAAUCUUAAGAGGUUUGCUCGGUCACACAGAGAACAGUCCGGAAACCAUCCAGAGAAUCAUCAAGAACGUGAAGGAGAUGAACAGUGAUAGAAUCUGUCCAGACAGAAGCAUCAACAUCUUCCACUGUCUGAUGGAGAUGAACGACCACUCAGUCCAUCAGCAGAUCCAAGAGUUCCUGAAGUCAGAGAACAGAUCAGAGAAGGAACUCUCCUUGAUCCAGUGCUCAGCUCUGGCCUACAUGCUGCAGAUGUCAGAGGAGGUUCUGGAAGAGUUGGACCUGAAGAAGUACAACACAUCAAAGGAGGGACAACGGAGACUGAUUCCAGCUGUGAGGAACUGCAGAAAGUUUAAACUUUCUGACUGUGGACUCACAGAGACUCACUGUGAAGUUGUGGCCUCAGCUCUGAAGUCCAACCCGUCACAUCUGACACAUCUGGACCUGAGUGGAAACAACCUGCAGGACUCAUCAGUGAAGGUUCUGUGUGCUGGACUGGAGAGUCCUCACUGUCGACUGGAGACUCUGAGAUUGAGGAGCUGCAGUUUGUCAGAGAUCAGCUGUGAUUCUCUGGUCUCAGCUCUGAAGUCCAACCCGUCACAUCUGACACAACUGGACCUGAGUAACAACAACCUGCAGGAUUCAGGAGUGAAGCAUCUGUGUGGUUUUCUGGAGAGUCGUCACUGUCGACUGGAGACUCUGAGAUUGAGUCUCUGCUGUUUGUCAGAGAUCAGCUGUGAUUCUCUGGUCUCAGCUCUGAAGUCCAACCCGUCACAUCUGAAACAACUGGACCUGAGUAACAACGACCUGCAGGAUUCAGGAGUGAAGCAUCUGUGUGGUUUUCUGGAGAGUCGUCACUGUCGACUGGAGACCUUGAGAUUAAAGAACUGCAGUUUGUCAGAGAUCAGCUGUGAUUCUCUGGUCUCAGCUCUGAAGUCCAACCCGUCACAUCUGAAACAACUGGACCUGAGCUACAACAAGCUGCAGGAUUCAGGAGUGAAGCAUCUGUGUGGUUUUCUGGAGAGUCGUCACUGUCGACUGGAGACUUUGAGAUUGAGUCGCUGCAGUUUGUCAGAGAUCAGCUGUGAUUCUCUGGUCUCAGCUCUGAAGUCCAACCCGUCACAUCUGACACAACUGGACCUGAGUGGAAAAAAGCUGCAGGAUUCAGGAGUGAAGCAUCUGUGUGGUUUUCUGGAGAGUCGUCACUGUCGACUGGAAACUCUGAGAUUGAGUGACUGCAGUUUGUCAGAGAUCAGCUGUGAUUCUCUGGUCUCAGCUCUGAAGUCCAACCCGUCACAUCUGACACAACUGGACCUGAGUGACAACAACCUGCAGGAUUCAUCAGUGAAGCAUCUGUGUGGUUUUCUGGCAAGUCAUCACUGUCGACUGGAGACUAUGAGAUUGAGGAGCUGCUGUUUGUCAGAGAUCAGCUGUGAUUCUCUGGUCUCAGCUCUGAAGUCCAACCCGUCACAUCUGACACAACUGGACCUGAGUGGAAACAAUGAGCUGCAGGAUUCAGGAGUGAAGCAUCUGUGUGGUUUUCUGGAGAGUCGUCGCUGUCGACUGGAGACUCUGAGAUUGUGGAGCUGCAGUUUGUCAGAGAUUGGCUGUGAUUCUCUGGUCUCAGCUCUGAAGUCCAACCCGUCACAUCUGAAACAACUGGACCUGAGUCUUAACAACCUGCUGGAUUCAGGAGUGAAGCGUCUGUGUGGUUUUCUGGAGAGUCGUCACUGUCGACUGGAGACUCUGAGAUUGAGAGGCUGCAGUUUGUCAGAGAUCAGCUGUGAUUCUCUGGUCUCAGCUCUGAAGUCCAACCCGUCACAUCUGACACAACUGGACCUGAGUCAGAACUACAACGUGCAGGAUUCAGGACUGAAACAGCUGUGUGGUUUUCUGGAGAGUCGUCACUGUCAACUGGAGACUCUGAGAUUGAGAUUCUGCAGUUUGUCAGAGAUCAGCUGUGAUUCUCUGGUCUCAGCUCUGAAGUCCAACCCGUCACAUCUGACACAACUGGACCUAAGCUGGAACAACCUGCAGGAUUCAGGAGUGAAGCAUCUGUGUGGUUUUCUGGAGAGUUGUCACUGUCGACUGGAGACUCUGAGAUUGAGUGGCUGCAGUUUGUCAGAGAUCAGCUGUGAUUCUCUGGUCUUAGCUCUAAAGUCCAACCCGUCUAAACUGAAAGAACUGGACCUGAGCUUCAACAAGCUGCAGGAUUCAGGAGUGCAGCAUCUGUGUGGUUUUCUGCAGAAUCGUCACUGUCGACUGGAGACUCUGAGAUUGAAUUACUGCAGUUUGUCAGAGAUCAGCUGUGAUUCUCUGGUCUCAGCUCUGAAGUCUAACCCGUCACAUCUGAAACACCUGAACCUGAGUAACAACAACCUGCAGGAUUCAGGAGUGAAGCUUCUGUGUGGUUUUCUGGAGAGUCGUCACUGUCGACUGGAGACUCUGAGAUUGAUUGACUGCAGUUUGUCAAAGAUUAGCUGUGAUUCUCUUGCCUCGGCUCUGAAAUUCAACCCGUCACAUCUGACACAACUGGACCUUAGUGACAACAAGCUGCAGGAUUCAGGAGUGAAGCGUCUGUGUAGUUUUCUGGACAGACGCCACACUCAACUAGAGACUCUGAGAUUGAGUUGCUGCAGUUUGUCAGAGAUCAGCUGUGAUUUUCUGGUCUCAGCUCUGAAGUCCAACCCGUCACAUCUGAAACAACUGAACCUGAGAGAAAACAAGCUGCAGGAUUCAUCAGUGAAGCGUCUUCGUGACCUGGUGCAGAGUCCAGACUAUGGACUGCAGACUCUGAGCUGGAAGCCAUGAUCCGGAUGUAAAACCCUUGGAACAGAACCAGAACCCAGAACCCUUGGAGACCACUCUCAGUGUGAACUGAUCUGAGACCAGCUGCUCUGUGUCCAGUCCACCAGGAUCAUGUGGGAAAUGAAGUGUGUGGUGCAGUAGUUAGAUAUCUGGGACAGUGUUGACUGUAAUUCUUCUUCAUGCUCCUCUAGAGGUUAGUUACAAGAGCUACAGAACAACAAAUGGGCUUUAGCUUUUAGAACCAUUGGCCCAUUUAGAUCAGAGAGAGACCAGACUGAUGGCUCUGCUUCUCUCUCUCGGAGAAUGUUGGCUAUGUCUCUAUAAGAGACUAUUAAUUUAUCUGUAGGUUCACUACUUGUCUACCAAGGUCAGUGAAGACUUGUUAACACUAACACACAGCUGCUAAAGUUUCUCUCACUUCAUUUUGUCCACCUGCAUUUGCUUUAUGUUCUGUUGUAAUAAACAGUUUCAGGAGUAAAUACUC